GGUCGCGUUCGCGCCGUCCGAGGUCCUGGGGCACGGCAGAGAAGAAAAAUCCCCACAUCCCCCUUUUUGCGUUUUCGUCGCUAUUCCCCCCGCAACGAUGAACCCAUUCCAGUUCAAGCCGGGAAACAGGAGCAACUGCAAACCCCUCAUGGGUGGUGGUUCACUGGACGACAGCGGAGACGAGUCGCUCCAGUCCGAUACAUUGCUCGUCGGAGAUCGAAUCACCGACACCCAACUCAUCGAACGAGAGCUGCCCGACGAUGCCUUUGAAUCUGAGGAUGAGCAUGACCCCCUCGAAGAUUUUACACCGUCGUCCAGCGAAUCCACAAAUUCUCCAGUCGUCGUUGUGGACAAAGGCAAGCGUCGAGCAGAAUACUGCCCGCCUAUCGGCACGUCCAGCAAGCGCAUAUAUGAAGGCCCUCAGCCCCCGCCCGAAGAUAUGAAGUACGCCGAGCUCAAGGAGAUCUUCAAAGUCAGCAUCCCGGACUUUGACAGAUACGUUGGCACAGGCAUGGUCAUGGACUGGGGCACCUUCGACCUCGAGAACCUACACCUCGUCCUCCAAGGGCUCUAUUGCUUUGUUGAAGGCAGAAGAGAAAGCUUCGUUGGAGGUUUUGAGUCCCCGGUCAAGUUGAGGAUUCCGCGUUCGUCGACCUGGUUCAAGUCCGAGCGCCACCUCUGGGAAGCCGUGGCCAACAACGCCGAGUUCCGCAAAUCGGUCAUGAAGUGCGAAAGGCUUAGAAGCAUCCCUACGGACAACGUUCGUCACUUCGAGCAUAUCCUCAAGGAAAUCACGGGCCCCUUGAAGACCAGAUACAUUCAGGCAAAGUUGAGGGAGCAGAGUCAAUCAUUCGACUCUGGAGUGUUUGAUUUUGUUCACUCUGAUGUUUUUGCUCUCUUUGACCCGGCCAUGAUGUUGUCUGAGUAUCUCCCCAUGGUUGAGGAUGUGGAUUCGACCCAUCGUCAUCUUUUGAUCUUCCGCACCCCUGAUGAUGUUCAGCCCCCGCUUCGAAUUCUCGGUGCCCAGGAUAGACUCCUUCCCCUUGAACGAUUUCAGAUCGAGAUGUUGACCCCUUCAGAGCCUAGGACGUCGUCUAAGGUGUCUCAGGAUGUUUUCUUGCACUUGCAUUUCUGUACUUUCAGCACUGUAGGCGACUGGCCCCUUGCUCUUUCGAAUGUCGUCAAAUUGGCAAUCGAGUACUCCACAUCUUACCCGAUGCUGAACCCCGAUGUUUCUUUCCACUGGAGCGAUUUCCCAAGCAUGCCAUUUUUGACUGAUCUGUCUUUGGGCAUCUCUGGUCUUCAAAAACUCGGGAGGAUGCCAGAGGUGCUCUCGGGUUUGGAAAUGCUCGAUCUUUCAGGCUGCACCUCUCUCGAGUCAAUUGUGAAGAUGCCCUCGGCGAUGGACAAGUUGAAAGUUCUCCGACUUCCGACGAGCCUCGAGACCACGGCCGGCCUUCCCAAGUCUAUGAAGGAGCUCGAGCUCCUUACUGGGAUUGUCAAUAACCGAAACUUGACGAGACUAUCCGACUUUCCGUUCACCCUUCCCCGACUCAAGAAUUUGGAGAUCCCGCCUGGCACAACCUUGAAUCUCUUUGGGAUGCCCUUGAACCUUCCGGCCAUGACAACUAUCACUGGACUGGAGAAUUGUGAACAGCUGGUGUCUCUCUUGGGCAUCACGAAGACGGUUCCACAGCUGCUCGAGCUUAAGUUGCCGAAGGAUGUCGUCUCCCUUGAACCACUGGCCGACGCAACGCUUCCCAGAUUGGCCAGUCUUGAUCUCUCCCGCUGUAUCAAUAUGGUUGAAAUCGACGCACACCUCGAGAAUGUGGUGACUCUUCGCUCAUUGGCACUUCCCGAGAAUUUCAAGUUCCUGAACGAAUUGAACAAGCUACCUCGCACAAACCUCCAUAAACUCGAUCUCUCCAAGUGCACCAGGCUCAGGAGUUUCGCAGGUAUGCCUGAAAUCCCCAAUCUUCAACACAUCGUCAUGCCAAGGAGCUUCUUGGAUUUUGCCGGAUUGAACGUUACGAGCCUGGUGAAGCUGGACAUUUCCAAGUCAUUCAAGUUCCCCUCCUAUAUGGAUACCUGUCGCUUUGUUAUCCAGCAGUUGGUGGUGAAUCAGAAUAUGCACCAGUGUUCUAAGCGCAUCACCUGGGGUGAGAACUAUCGCCGCCUUCACGAUCGUCCCGAGCCCGUUUAUAUUUUCGUCGAGUCGUUUGUUUCCAAUGAUUAAAUCAAUAAAGUGACGUCCAUUCAUGCGAAACUCUAUUUUCGAGCGUGGGGUGUGGGGUGUUGUCCCGGAUGAUGUUUCGUAACGAUGCAAAAAUCAGGCGUCGAGAGUGGUGAAAAAAAAAGUUCGGAACGCACCAAUAGCGACCAAAGGCUUAAGCAGCUGGGCCCCACCGGCACGCUCGGCAUGAACUCUGAGGGAGCUCGUGCGUCAUCCGCUAUCACCAGAUGGGGGCGGACUAACUUCCUC